AUGCUAGGACGCCUAUUGCCAAGAUCCUCAAAUAAAAUUCCAUACACGGCCCUCCUAAGGACCCAGAAAACCUACCCUUCUCCUCUCUAUAAGCGGUCGCCUUUACUCGCCAAACGCUAUCAUUAUGUUUUGCAGAAACCAAAAAAAGGAGAAGAACUCAAUGUUACAUUCAUCCUAAAAGAUGGCUCACAAAAGACCUUCCAAGUUUGUGAGGGUGAUUCCGUACUCGAUAUAGCACAAAGCAACAACCUGGACAUGGAGGGCGCUUGUGGUGGAUCAUGUGCUUGCUCAACAUGUCAUGUAAUUGUUGAUCCUGAUUACUAUGAUUUGUUGGAAGAGCCAAACGAUGACGAAAAUGAUAUGUUGGAUCUUGCAUAUGGUCUGACCGAAACAAGUCGGUUGGGUUGCUGCAUAAAGAUGAAUAAAAAAAUUGAUGGAAUAAGACUCGCUCUCCCUGCAAUGACUCGCAAUGUGAAUCUGUCUGACUUUGAAUAA